UCGAGGCCCCCAUUGGCUGCCUCGGCACCGCCCUGGCCCCGCUACAACAUGGCGGCCGCGCGCUGCCUGGGGUGGCCCCUGGUACCGCUAUGGAGAUUGUGGCAGGUCCGGGGGUUGCUUCAAAGUUCGGCCACGGGCUUGUGCUCGCGAGUGAGGACUUACUCCCGCAGCGCCCUCUACGAGCUGCUGGGCGUCCCCUCCACGGCCACGCAGGCACAGAUCAAAGCGGCGUACUACCGGCAGAGCUUCCUCUACCAUCCAGAUCGCAAUCCCGGGAGCACGGAGGCCGCCGAGCGCUUCACGCGCAUCUCCGAAGCUUAUCUGGUCUUGGGCAGUACUAUCCUCCGUCGCAAGUAUGACCGAGGUUUGCUCAGCGACCAGGACCUGCGCGGACCUGGUGUCAAGCCCUCUAAGACGCCCGUGGCCGAUUUCACUCCUCCCCGCCCUCCUCCCUACACCACUCGGCCUCCCGGUGGCUUUCCGGCUUCUCCCGGCGACGGUCGCACUAUGUUCGACUUUGACGCCUUCUACCAAGCGCACUACGGAGAACAGCUAGAGAGAGAGCGGCGUCUGCGCGCCCGGAGGGAAGCCCUUCGCAAAAAACGGGAGGGCCAUGCCAACAAGGGGGCCCGCUGGGACGAUACUCGAGAUGCCACUUUCUUUGUCGUCCUUUUCCUUAUCUUCGUCUUUGUUGGCUUUCGUAUUUAAUCGGAGAAAAGGAGGGAAAGGGAUCCAGCCCAAGAAACCUGCCUUUUUAGACCUUUGAACUAUUGGUCUACAAUUGAAUUGACUUCCUCUAGUGGUGUUCUUUGACCCUCCUGACAACCUCCAACCUGGCCAGUGAUCAACACAUCUCUCUCCUUUGGUCCAGAAAAGACGCUUUUCAGUGGCCAAGAAAAAGGCCCCAGGAUAAAGAUUCCUGUGAAAACCAGGAAUUUACGUGCUUUCCAGAAUCCCCUGGGUGCCUGCUAAUUUCUAGAAGUUACCUUCCAGAUGCCAAUUCCCAGAGCACUUGCUGCCGUUUUAUCCAGAAGCCCUGAGCAAGAUUUGCCCGUCCCCUGCCACAUGUCUGUAUAGCAGGUGGUGCUUCCCCUGUUACCUCCGAACCGUGCGAUACGACUGGUUAUCCGAUGCCAAAAAGAUUUAAUUCUUGGGGACUCAGAGUGAAAUUUGUUUUUCUGUGUUACCGUAAGCCACAGGUGAGACCUAAUCAAGGAUCCAGCGGACGCUGGGGAUGUAGCUCAGUGAGAGAAUGCUAACAGCAAAAGGCACUGACUGGGUUUAGGCCCCAGCUUUGUUUGUCUUCGUGUCCCCCUUCCCCGCUAAGAAAAAAGUUAGUGAAAGAUUGCCAGUGUUUCCCUCGGGUCUGUGCUACACUAUUUCUGUCAGGUGGGAUGGAGGAAAAACAAAGCCUUAAGGGGAGGAGUACAAUACAGUCCUGUGUCUAUAUCUAGCUAGGAAGUGCCCUGGGUGCUGUGUGAGCCUAACAACAGAAGAGGAGAUGAUUUGUCCUCCUAAGGUCUGUCCCCAUUACUCAUUCUGCUCCACAGUGGUGGUGUAGGGUGGUGUUAUCAGGGCCAAGUUCAUCUUGGGGAGAGCAUGCCCGUCCUUGGUCUUUCUUUUACUAGCCACUUGCAUUGCUAAGUGUGCAGCCUGUUAAAAAGACCUGGAGGCUGAGUUCCUGAGUGUGGCCCGUGCAUCUAGUGUUGAUCACAAUUGCCACAAGUCAAAUCCCUGUAAUGAGGCUACUGGACUGUCUGAGUGUUUUGGGUCUAGAAAAAGCAGGCGGGUCACUGGUCAAAGGUACAGAUGAAGGGUAGGCCUGUAAUCCAGGGAGGCUGAGGGGUUGUGGUCGAUCACAUAGCAAGACCUGUCUUUAAAAGGACACAAAAUGACACACAGGGGCCAUGUGCAAAGCCAAGACUACAGAUCCACAGCAGAGCUCAGGCUGUGGCUCUGUUGACAGGGUACAGGCCUCAAAUGCACAAAUCCCUGGGUGCCACCCCUGUGCCACGUAAGCCGGUCUUCAUGGCACUGUGAUCUCGGCACAUUUCGGAAACAAUAUCAACUUUGUAUGACAGACUGGCCUAGAACUUCCCAUCCUCUGCCUCAGUCUCCUGAGUGCUAGGACCUCAGGUGUGGGCCACAGACCCGCAGGGAUAUAGGAGACUUUCAGGAGAACUGCCAGGAAGUGAUUCUCUUGGUAACGUUGUAUACGUCCCAUCUCCCAAGAUUUUACAGUGUUUUCUGUCCUAGCAAGAGUAAAGUUGGCAAUGGACAUAAGUCCUGCCUUCUGGGGCUCUUCCCCCACCCCUGGCUGUGGGGGGAGAGGCUGAAGUGAUGAGUGCAGGCACACAGGAAGACUGAGUGAGCAGCAGGCAGGAGGCUCAGUCAGGAAGACAGGAGGCCAGGAUGCACACACCUGGUGCUCUCUUCUUGCCAGACUGCUAAAAUAGAUAAAUGGCUAAACUGAGUAAACUACCCAUCACAGUGUUGAUACAACCGGAUCCCUUCCUUCCUAACUCCUUCCCACAUUCUGGCCGGUCAUCCACAUGGUAUGUCUUUAGCCUCUGUCAUGGGUCCAGUAUGAUUCAAGACAGGACGUGGUAGCGUCUAUGUAAUCCCAGUUGAGGCAGGCUGAGGCAGUAAGGCCUCCAGCUUAAGGCCAGCCUAGGUCAUACAGAAAGGUAGAACCUGGGCAUGGUGCUCCACACUUGUAGUCCCAGAACUGGGGAGGCAGAAACAGCAGGAUUACCCACAGGUUGGUGGACCAGCUGGGUCUACAUAGUGAGUUUCAGGCCAGCUAGGGCUACAUAGUGAGGCUCUGUUUCAAACAGAAAAUGGAACCUAUGAAGUGGCUCACUGGGUUAAGGAAUUUGUCUUGUCCGUAAGCCUAACAACCUGAUAUCUAUGUCUGGAACCUACAUAAGAAAAGGACUUACUCUUGAAGCCUUCCUCUAAACGUCAUAGAGGAAUAGUGGCAAGGAUGUGUGCACCCAUGUACAUUCUCAGACCUCACACAGGACAAAGUAAAUAAGCAUAAAUAGAUAAUGGACAUUAAUAUAGAAAAAAAAGUCAUGUUUGACUCAGGAGAUUCCCCACAGCAUCAAGAGGAUGGCCACCAACACUCAUUUUGGGAAACGAGAGGUCCUGUAUCUUGAACCUAUGUGUCUCCUUGAAGGUCACCAGACCCCAAGAAGAAGGAGAAGGAACAGCUGGCAAGUCAUGGACCUUCCUCAGCCACUGCCUUGAGUGGGUGAGGAUGGAGAGAAGUGGGAGUGUUGCUCAGUGGGUAGAGUGCUUACAAAGCCCUAGGUUCCAGCUGCAUCACUGCAUGCCCUGAGCAUGGUGGUACAGACCUGUAAUCAUAGUGCUCAGCGAAGGCAAUAGGGUCCAGAGUUCAGGCUCAUCCCAAGGCAGAGCUUAAGGCCAGCCUAGGCUAAGUAAGGCUCUGUCUCUAAAUAAACUUAAAUGUCUUAAUUG